CAGGGGCUGGGCCACACCCGGGCCCUGGGUGCUGUGUCCAGCGCAGCCCCCCCCCAGGGUGCUGCUGGACCAAGCAGGGCGGCAGUCCAGUCUCGUCCCGGGGCUGCCCUUAGCACCCAUGGCAGCCAAGCAACCGGAGCUGCCGUCAGAGGUUCCCUCCUCGGAGCCCGCGGCCCCGCCGGCCAGCCGCUUGGGCGCCCGCUGCCGCCAGCCCCACCCUGGGGCCGGCGGCGGGGCGCAGCCCGAGGCGGGGGCCAAAAAGCCGCCGCUACGCACAGCCGCGGCCGUCAUCCAGCGCAUCCGCUGGGACCCGCGCCUGGACCCCGCUGACUUCUCGGUGGGCUACGCGGACCGCUUCCUGGGGGUGUGCGAGGAGCCCUUCAGCGCCUUCUGCUGGGACGAGCCGCUGGCGGCGCUCGGGCCUGGCGUCCUGGCCGUGCCGCAGCACCGAGUUCGCUACUUCCGCUUCCGCGGCCGCCUGGUGUGGGACCGCGCCUCGCGCACCGACCUGAUCUUCGGCUCGGGCUCGGUCGGUGGCCGGGGACCCACCAUCCUGGACGUGCUGGAUGCCGAAGAGGACGCGCCCGCCCAUGAGAACACGCUGGGCGCCGAUGAGGACGCGCCCACCCAUGAGAGCACGCUAGGCGCCGACGAGGAUGGGCCCGCCCAUACGAGCGCGCUGGGUGCCAGCGAGGAUGCGCUGCUGGACCCCGAGGACACACACAGGGCAGAGGCGGCCAUGGAGCAUCCAGAAGACCAAGCUGACCAGACCGGGCUCGGCGAGUUGGGCUUGGAGGCGCUUGGGGAACGGGAAGCCGCCAACCCCGGAGGGCAGGCGGUGUCUUUGGAUGUUCAGUGGGGUGCGGCGGCAGCAAGCCGGCCCCGACGCCAGCCCCGGCCCACCCACUUCGUGGCCCUGCUGGUGACCGAGCCCGGACUUCGGGCAGCCGUGUGCGAGGCCCAGGCGCGGCUGGUAAGGGCCGCCCCAGCCUGCGCCGCCUUCCUGGUGCCCUCGCACGCCCUGCACCUGACGCUGGCCCUCCUGCGGUUGGCGGGGCCUGGGGAGGAGGCGGCCACUGUCCUGGCCCUGCGGAGGGCCCUGGAGACUCCAGGGCUCGGCGCACCCCGCUGGCUGCGGUUCAGGGAGCUAGUCCUCCUGAACCCCCACGUAUUCUGCGCGCCCCCACACCCCGCACUAGCGGACACAGCCCGGGCCCUGAGCCACCGGCUGGAGGCUGAGGGGCUGCGGGUGGUGUGGCCCCUCGAGGGGCUUCAGCCGCACCUCACUGUGGCCAAGGUGCCACGCGGGGUCCCCACCCGCCUCCCAGAGCCUGAGGCCGACCUGGAUGUGGAGCUGGGGAGCCAACCCCUAGGGGGCCUCUGGCUGUGCCGCGUGGGGCGGGCGGGGGGCGCCUUCCAGCCUCUGGCCGAGGUUCCCCUGGGCUCAUGGCCCAGAGCAGAGCGCAGAUGCACCUGAGCACAAAGGACAGUGCUUUUUUUUUUUUCUCUCUCUCUCUAAUUUUGGUUUGUCUCAAGCUUCCAGAAUGGUGCUCAGUGCUCCAAGGAAAGAAUGAAGGAAGGGAAGGGAGAGGUGGGCGGGAGGGGAGGCAGAGAAGGGAAGCAGCCCGACAGUCCAGCUGUGUGCGAACUCAUAGCGCGUCCUCCCCUUACAUGGCAGGAGGGGGGGGCGGAAAAGAAAAAGGGGGAAGAAGAAAA